AUGGAUCCGAGCUACAAGGCUCGAAAGGAGGCUUUCGUCUCGAACCUAGCAGGAAGCAACAUUGGCGAUAUCAAUGCCGUCUCUUUUGUCGCAUCGGCAUCUGUUCUCCUCUGGUCUGCUCUUCAGUCCCGACUAUCCUUCUUCACACCCUCCAGCCCGGCCUCGCUGUUGACAGAUUUCAUCCUCAAUGUGCUGGCAAUCCUAUUCGCGACGACUGCUUACUCUUCCGCGCCCGUUCUCCUAAAUAUCUUCCUCGUCACACCCGCCGUCCUUCUUUACCUCACGCAACCUCCUCAGCGCUCCCAGCAAAAGGCAAAACCUCCCCGCAAAGCCGUUGGCAAGGAUGACACCCCCCAGAACCAGGUAGAGUCCCUGCCCGUGCACCCAUUCCUUACGACCUACCGGGCAGCCAUGAUGGUUGUUACCUGCGUGGCAAUUCUCGCAGUUGAUUUCCGAGUGUUUCCGCGCCGCUUCGCGAAAGUGGAGAACUGGGGAACGUCGUUGAUGGAUCUGGGUGUGGGCUCCUUCGUCUUCUCUGCCGGUGUGGUAUCGGCGCGUGUGGUUUUGAAAAGUCGCGCCUCUCGAUCUAAGAAGACUCCGUUCAUUGGGCGACUGAUGAACUCCGUGCGCCACUCGGUUCCUUUGCUUGUGCUUGGUCUCAUCCGCCUCUGGAGUGUGAAAGGCCUGGACUACGCAGAGCAUGUAACUGAAUAUGGAGUUCAUUGGAAUUUUUUCUUCACAUUGGGCUUUUUGCCCCCCUUUGUGGAGAUUUUCGACUCAUUGACAGCAUUGAUUCCGUCUUAUGAAGCUUUGGCUGUCAUUAUCUCUGUCAUUUACCAGGUGGCUCUCGAGUCAACCGAGCUCAAGAGCUAUAUUCUGGUUUCUCCCCGAGGCCCAGAUCUCUUGUCCAAGAACCGUGAAGGUGUUUUCUCAUUCCUGGGUUAUCUAGCCAUCUUCCUUGCUGGCCGAGGUGUCGGCACUCGCAUCAUUCCUAGGGGCACAUCCGCCUCCAAAACCCCCCAGCAGGCACGAAAGUCUGUGCUGGUGAGCUUGGUCCUGCAGGUGAUGUUCUGGUCAACCAUGUUCUUCUUCAACUCAUCCUAUGCAUUUGGGUACGGAGCGAACAUCUUGGUCUCCCGGCGCCUUGCCAACAUGCCUUAUGUAUUGUGGGUUGCGGCCUUUAACAGUGCUCAAAUUCUGUUAUUUUGUUUGGCCGAGACUCUGUUCUUCCCGUCGGUUCACCGAGCCACAAGCAAGGAGGGAGAGGAAGAGCGAAAUGCCUUUGCGACCAGCCGAAUUCUCCACGCAUUCAAUCGUGGUGGUCUGGCGAUCUUCCUGGUUGCCAAUCUCCUCACAGGUGCCGUCAAUCUGAGUAUUCCAACCUUGGAUGUGAAUACCCCGCAGGCAAUGGGUAUCCUGGUCGCUUAUGCUGCGAUCUUGACUGGACUUGCUCUGGUCAUGGACAAGUACAAUUUCAAACUACGUCUGUAG